CUUUCAUGGAAGUGUGUCAGAUGUCAACAAGUUGAAAUUAUACGUACUUUACCAGAAUUUCUUACAAUGCAGUAUGAAAAUUGAUGUUUUAGAUUCUGACAAGAGUCUCUCUGUGUUUCCCAACAUUGCAUAGAAGAAGAUGGAAGACACAGACAACAAAACACCACAGCUCUCACAAGACAUUCCAUUCCGAUGUGUAAAGUUAUCAACAUACAUAGAGAUAGCUAAUAAACUUGACCCAACUAACAUCCAUGGGAAUGACUGGCAUAUGCUUGCUGACCAACUUGGUUACUCAUUGGAGCAGAUUCGGGUGUUUGAGAGUACGCAGUCACAACAUGGCCGUAACACAUUGAAGGUGUUAGAGAGUUAUCGCACACAAGGGGGAAGCACUGUAAACAAGGUCCACCAGGCUCUCAAGGCCAUAAACCGACCAGACGCAGUGCAGGCUUUGGAGGUGGCCUUCCCUCAAAUUGAGCAUGACUUUGCUAAUGAGUCUCCAAAGAGACUACACGAUAUGAUGGAAAAUGACUAUGCCUGGUCCUCUAUGGAAAGCAGUGGUUGUCACUCCAUGGGUCCUCCUACUUCGUAUCCUAGCACCAUGUACCACCAUAACAACCACCAGCAAAAUGUGUCCCUCAAUAACCCAUGUCAGAUGGGGAAGAUUCAGAGACAUAAGAGUGUUGAGCCAGCCAGCAACAUGAGGCUGCCAGUAUCACUGCCUGGCUAUGACCACAGCAGUCCAGAGUUUAAGCGACAACGCUCCAUGCCUCUCACAGAUAGUAUGAGAGUGCGGGCCCAUGAUAGUAACUCACAAUUUUAUCGUGAACAAGAACCAAUGGACUCUGUGUCUCCAACUUGCGAGGCUGUCCCAGUCCAUGUUGGUCUCAUGCGGGCAAUGAAUGAUCGCAAACUUAUUGGUAUAAAUCCCAUCAGUUCUGGCAUUCAUAGUAACAGCCAUUUUGAGAGGAUUCCCCAGGGCUCAAAUGGGCAACAAACUCCGGGACGGCCUCUAAGGCUGGAUAUCACACAGGCCACAAGGUACCGAGACCGACCACACCACCAGGACUUUAUCAGCCCUGGCCCCACCCCCACCACGCCCUCCACACCUCUGGAACUACUUCAACAUAUUGCUAAUGAGAAGCAGUUUCAACCUCAUGAUGGCUAUCAGGAGUUGGUCAUGAUGAAAACGGAGCAAGAGUUACUGAAGAGCAAGGGUGGAGCCAACUCUUAUGGCCAACAGUCUGGUUUGUUUCUACGAGAUGGAACAAUUGUGGACAGUCAAUGUUUAUCCAGACAGCGAUCACCCAAUGGACCAGCAAAUACCUUUCCCCAGCGUCUGAAGCCGACACCUCAACAAAUGAACAAGUCUGCUUCUGUGCCAACCAAUGUGAAACUGUCUGAAUACACAAAAAAAGCAUUUCGCCAUAUAAAGGUGUUUGUCACCUACGCUGCUGAUGACAAACAGCACACAAAGCGUGUUCUGCGACUGUGCGAGUGCCUUGAAAAGAAUGGGUUCCGAUGUUGUGUCGACAUUUGGCAGAGGAAACUACCUGAAGACAAGCGACAUAACUGGUAUCGAGACAGAUUCGAGGAGGCUGAUUUUAUCCUGGUGGUCCUGUCUCCGAAAUACAGACGAGAGACUGACACGUUUGAGAUGGACAACGAUGCUGACGACAGCAUGGACAGCGAUGAGGAGGAGAGAUCUGGUCAGUCCUACCAGCUUCAUACAAAAAAAAUAUACAAACUCAUGUGCAGUGAAUACACUCAAAGCCGUUCUUCACAGCGAUUUGUUCCUCUGGUAUUCCCAGGAAUGGUAAAGGACCUUAUUCCUCAUUGGUUGAUCGGGUCAAACAACAAACCCUUCUACAAGUGGCCAGAUCAGUAUAAAGAUUUGCUCUGGAUGUUAACAAAGCCGGAGAACCGUGUGCCGGAACACACACCUACAGUCAACCGGAGUCUUAGUGAGGAUUCACAGAACAUUGAAAAUGAGGCUGUGGUAGAAAACGGUCACCUUGAGUAAGGUGCUUUGAAAAAGUUUGUUGAAAUAACAGUGAUUUUAGAUAUGGAGGGUCAUUUGUUGCCAGUAGCCAUGAAACAUCAAUAUGAUAAAUUAUGAUGCAUCCUCUUCUCCACCUAUGGUGUAAUGUUGUUUUUGAUUUUGAAGAAAUAUUGUGGUAUUUAUUAUGCUUUGUAACAUGACUUAAAGUAACAUCUGAGAACUAUAAUAAGAUUGUUUAUUGAACCGCAACAUGCACUUUUGGGAAAUAUAGGACAACUGUUUUUUUUUAUGAAAUAAUCAUUGAUAAAAAUGCUAGACGUUAGAAUUUUGAAAAGUGCUCUAAUUACUUUGAACAUUUUCAUUGAAGUCACUGCAUUUUGGGAGAAUUUAUGAAAAUCAUAUCAUCAAUGUUUCCAUAGCAACCAAGUUUUUGGUCAUGGCUUUUGGACAUAAUGUCUGUUUCACUCAAACCUUUUUUCAUUUAUGAAUUUUAAGUAAGAGCCAGUUGGAAUAUUGAUUCAAUAUUAAUGAGUGAUAUUUUACAGUGUGACAUCAUGAUUGUGUGUGAGUAAAAAUGCAAACUGCAUAGUCAGGAUUGUAAACAAAUACUUAACACAAGGAAGAGUACUUUCCUGAAAUGUAACACAUCAAAGAAGACAAAGCAAGCAAAUGUCUGAAGCCCAAAAUAGUGGGAUGUGGUUCAUUUAAUCUCUGACAAGCAGCAGUGAUUGUUCCCUAGUUUCUUACAAUGUCAGUAAGCUCAGUUAUAGUAAAUUCACUGGUCAAAAAUAGAUAACCAGAUAAACGUUUGGUAUUGAAUAGCUUAGUUAGGUUUGUAUUUAUUACCUUUUAUAUGUGUAAACCAAAAAGGUUUCUUUCAUGUUUCCCAACCUACCAUAUUAUUUGCUCCGACCCUAUCCCUUUUUCUUGUUUUGAGAAAUAUUUUUCAUCAUUUGUUAGAUUUUUUUUUCUUUUUAUGCCCCCGAAGGUGGGCAUAUUAAAAUCGCACCGUCCGUCUGUCCGUCCGUCCGGCUCUGUAACUUUCCCUUGUAUGGACAGAUUUUAAAAUAACUUGCCACAUGUGUUCCACAUACCAAGACGACGUGUGGCGUGCAAGACUCGUGUCCCUACCUCAAAGGUCAAGGUCACACUUAGUGUUUAUUCACAAUGGAGUGCUGCAUAUAAGGACAUAGAGUAUAGGUUGUCGUGUCAGGGCUGUUACUUUCCCUUGUAUGGACAGAUUUUAAAAUCACUUGCUACAUGUGUUCCACAUACGAAGACAACGUGUCGUGUGCAAGACCCAUGUCCCUACCUCUAAGGCGAAAGAAACACUAAGUGUUUAUUCACAAGGGAAUUCUGAAUAUAAGGACAUAACAGUGUAGGUUGUCAAGUAUGGGUGGUAUUUUUUUAUGUUCAGAGGCAAUUUAAAUUAACUUGCCAUAUGUAUUUGACACGUAAAGGCAAGAUCAACUUUUCAUGUACUGACCUUGUUCGUAGGUCAAUGUCACAUUCGGGGGCAUUCGUCACAUACUGUGACAGCUCUUGUUUAAGUUAAAAUUGAACAACACCAGUUAUGCUUAUACUGAUUGUACAGGUAUUCUAAAGCAUAAUUUUGUGAGUUUUUGGGAACAGAAAAAUCUCAAGAAACAAUUUGCCCUUAAAAUAAAAAUCUCACCUACCUACCCUAUUUUGGGGAGUCAUGAAACCUGAAUCAAACAUUAUUUUUUUACACCAUACCUAUGUGUUUCUGUGUUAUUAAUUCUUUGUUCAAGUUCUCCUUUACCUUGUAAAGUGUUUAAAAGUUCACAGUACAGAAAUUAUGUGCUCUUGCUUUGAGUUCUAUUAAACUGUGUUCUUCCAUUCUUUGCUGUUCAUCUUAUCUGUCUUUAUUUCUUUGCUUUGAUGACUUUGAACUUUUGUCAGUUUUGCAAUUUAAUAUUUGAUUAUGGUUGAACUGUCCAUGAUGUAAAUUUAGUUGUAGGUCAGGGUUAGAUUAUAUAGAUUGUGGGCGUCUGUGAAGGAAGUCAUUCAUAGUGGCAUGCAGUGACCCUGAAGCAUAGUUACAAGGGAGAUCACCAUGUUGAAGUUUGCUAGUGUUUAUUAAUGCCGCCAUAAGGCUGUUUACAACUUUCAAUGGACAAGGGUAUUUGGAUAAAUUUUUAGAUUGUAAGAAAAGUGAAUACUUACCAAUAACACUUUUUUUUUUAACUUUUCCUUAUUCUAUGUUGUAAUGGAACCAUUUUGAUUUCUGUGAACAGAUAAACAAAACUAUAAAUAACAUAUUUUUUUAUAAAGAAAUGUUACCCAGACGGCUACAACAGUAAUCUUCAAACUUGUUUAAUUGCUUUUCUGGUCACUGGUCAGAUGCAGUGGUUAUUUUCCUUUGAAAAAUCGCUACAUAUUCAUCACAUACCUGUUGGAAUAGAUCUUCCCUGAUCUAUCGUCAUAACUUUGCAAAUAAGAACAGUGUGGAAUUGAAAUUAUUCUAUUUUGUUUUGGGUUUGUUAAAGAUAUACUGCUUUUUGUUGGGGAAAUUUUCUGAAAAUGGGAAAUUUCAGAAGCUAUUUUAGGGAAGAAGAAAAAGGACCCAUUGGUUGGGAAGUAGGCGGGCACUGCCUAUGGCAGACAGAGUAAAAAGGCCCUGUUAAAAGAAUUAAAAGAAGGCAAUUAUGCCCCUUGAUAUCUACUUUACAUGUAUGGAAUAUUUUUUCACAUAUCUAAAAAUUGUUCCGCAGACAUUUGCUGCGAAAUGAUUGGCUGCCAUUUGGGUGGUGGAGGGAUACAUGUUUUAUUUACUCUUUAACAUGUUCCUGACAACAAUGUGCUCUCUAUGAAUAAUUUGUUACAUAUCAAUUUAUGACACCCCUUAUUUUUUCAAUCAAUAUUACAAUGUUUAAACUUUUGUUAACCCUUAUUUGAUUAAAUAUAUAUUCACACAUAAACCUAUUCAGCCAUGACUUUGAUGUCUUGCAUCAAAAUUCCUCUUGUGUGUUUGUCUUGGAUGCCAUAGGUCUGGUGCUGUUUAGAAGAUGUUGCCAUAUUGUAUCUUGUUUUGUGUUAAAUUAGACAGUGGUGUAUGCGGCAUUAUUACAUGUGUGUUGGGUGUGGAAUCGUUUAAAUAUAUCUUGUUUUCGUAUGUAGUUGAUUUGGAUAGUUCUGUAUGUUUUAGUAUUUUUAUUUUUGAUAAAACUUAGAAUUUUAACAUUGAUUUAUUAUGAACAUAAAUAAUUGUAAAAAAAAUAUGUUUAGUCUAAACAUGAUGUUUUUAUAAUGAUUUACUAAUGACAAAAACCACUAUAAAACAUUAAUUAGAUCUAGUUUCUAAUGUGUGAUCAUUAUCUAAAGAACCAUGAUAUCAUAAGUCGUAUUUUAUCACAUCAGACCAAAAUUUCAUGUUGAUGGGAAAUUUUCCAUUUGAUAUAUAUAUUUGCUAUUGCAUGGACAAGUCUGUUGACAUUUAUAUUGCAAUGGUAUGGUCAGUGCAAUAGAUACUGGUACAUGUCAUGAUUAUUAUUCUUUGUUUAACUUUAUCUGUUGAUAUAUAAUUGUUCUCAAUAUUUUUACAUGCCAUAUUUCUGAAGACCAUCCCUGGUGGAUUUCAGAGUUUCAAGGGAAUUUUGACCUGUCUAAGUACAGGUAAGCAAAAUAUCAACAUAAUGUUUGACUGCAAGAGUCAAUUUAUUCACAUUUAUUUAUUGCCCUAAGAUAACAUUUUUAGCUCUACUAUUCAAAGAAAAAGGAGGCUUCACUACUCUCCACAGCAUCUGCAUCGAUUUAAGGUUUUAGUGCAGGCUGGCAUUUUCACUUAUAACUCCAAUACCCUUCAUUUAAUUCACCUAAUACUUCACACAGUUGUUUACGACCAUGCCACAAUAUGGGAAUAUAUCUCCGUAUUAUCCUAAAUACAAAUUAUGGCCCUUGAUCAACUUGAGGCUUAGUUCAAGAUUUUAGGCAACUUCCGGUUUUAACUCAGAUCUCAAAUACUGUCCUUUCAAUGCCUUUCAUACAUUCCACGGUAGCCAUCGCACAAAUAAGGUUAUAUAAUUCCAUAUUAACCCUAAAUACAAAUUAUAGCCCUUGAUUGAUGUUUUUUUAUCUUUUUUUUUUAAAUUUCUUUUGAAAGGCACAUUUUUAUAUUUUUAACCAGAUUUUCACAAGUGACACCUGGUUAUUUGAAUUGCGUACGCCAUUGUUCAGGCAGACUGUUGGGCUGCCACCAUCAAACUCACCUACAAUAUCAAUUAAUGCAAGUUAGGUUUGACAUGUAGUGACCAAACUUGGCAUAUAGGAAGAGUAAAUGGAGACAUUUCAUGGGAUUGUGUUUGGGGCCCAUAGGGUCAAGGUCACUGUUUUAAAAAUAGAAGGACGGUUGGUACUGUAUAACUUUAGUUAGGGUUGACAUAUUGUGACCAUAUUGGUAUGUAGGAAGAGUUUAUGGAGGACUUACAUGGGAUUGCAUUAUGGACCCCUACUAUCAAGGUCAAGGUCAUUGUUACUAAUAAAACGUAGACUGAAGUUCUUCUGUCAAUCAUAGAAAACCUGGUUUUGUUGAAUUGCAGCAUUUCUUGUUUACUUUUUAAUUUGACUUUUUUUAUUGCUUUUGACUGGCACAUAUUACAUCAUUAUUGUAUUAAUUUCUAAGUGGUAUAUAGUUGAGCAUGCUGUCCUACAAUAGCUCUUGUUUUUAAUGUUCUAUUUUUAAAGCAUUUUUUUUAACUUGCAUUCCUUUUUAACUGAAAAGCAAGGUAUUAGUAUAGAUAUGUUGUUCAAAAAUGAAUUUAGCAAUCUUUUACAUUUUUCCCCAAUCAAGCACCAAAUGAAUAAUUAUUAAAAUGAAUACUUUUUUAAUUGCGGGGGAUAUUUCCCCUUGCCAGGGGAUACGACAUGUAUGAUUCUUCAUGACUACUUGAAGGCAAAUGAUUUAUUUUAUAGUUCAUUGCUUCUACCCUGAUUAUUUGGUACACCAUAUUUUUUUUAUUGGUGUAUGUGACUGAAUCGAUUCAUAUGUGGUCAUUCUUAAUGAUGUUUACCUGAGUGAACAAUAAAAGUCAAUUAAAGUUCAUAUCUCACAAAUUUAACAGACCUAUAUUUAUAUGAACAACUACAGAAACAAACAAAGUAGUAGAAAGUUUAAACAUAAACCCCCUUUAAUGACACAGGGUCAACGCCAAGAUGUAGAACACAAAAACAAACAAUCACAAACCAGAAACAUGGAACAACAGCACAAAACUCCACAAACAACACAGUACAUAAUAUUCUAUAUAAAAAUAGGGGUGUUUAUCAAGGAUUGUUAGAUACUGCCUUGGAACGGUCAGUAAAAUGAAAAUUUAGUGGGGGUUUAAACUAGUUUGUGUGCACAACCUCACUCUUAUCCCAACAUUCCAGAAUAAAAUAAAAUGUGAAUGGUAAAUCUAAUCAAAGUAUGCUGUAGCUCCCAGGGAAUAAUUUGUUUAAUUUGUAAUAAAUCUAUACCCGGUACUUUCAAAUCAACAGGCAAAAGACUUCUGCUAUCUUGCAAAUGAGUUUUAUCAAAUACAUUCAUUGGCUGACUGCACUGUAAUUGUGAAUUUAGUGUUUGUGCAUGUUUAUGUGCUAUUCUGUUAUUGGAAUUCAUUCUUGUUUUAUUAUCUCUGAUUUUAAUGCUGAUAAAAUGUUUUACAUUGUUUAAUGUUUCAGUUAAAGUUUUAUGUUUUGGGACCGACAAUGGGACCAGAGAAUAUGUGAAAGGCCCACGCUCAACUACUCAUCAUUUCUAGUCAUUGUUAUGAGGAAUUGUGGCCUCAAUUUUCACAAAACAUUGAAGUCCAUUUUUGUAAUGCUUACAUUCUUAAGAGUUUUUGGAAUUCUAAAGGAAAUAAUCUUAUAAACACGUUAAACUAUUUUUUAUCAAGUAAAAAGUAAAAGUAAGAAAAAAGGCUUAAUGAAAUGAGCUACUUAAGCUUGUUAUAAUUCAGAAUUUUGGAGAAAUUUGGGCCUGGUGUUAGUUUGAUGUCUAAAUAUUAUAAUACAUUAUUAUUAUGAAUAAACGUAAGUGCUAUAAUUUUUACAUUUAUAAAAUUUUCAAAUAUGGAAUAUAAGUUACAAGUUAAGCAUGUAUUGUGUUGUAGUGUUAAAGUAACGUUGGUUAUCUUGUUGUGCUCCUUUAAUAUAGCAAUGAAACCAAAAAUGAUUUGAAAGAAAUUACUGCAUCUUGCAGGACAGAUACACUAUGAGGUUAGCCAUAUAUAUUCUAGAGCUCACUUUGUUUUUGAUAAUUGUGAAGAUUUUUACUCCCAGUGAUUGGUCGUUAUUGUUAAUGUUUAGUACAUUUUUCAAGAAUGUAAUGUUAGAAUUUAAAUAAAUGGUUUUGCUUA